CAGGCACUCUCCUGUAUAUCCAGCACCUGCAGCAGCCCUGUGAAGUACCACAAUGACUAAACAGGACAAGUCAACAGAAGGAAAUGAUGGCAAUGAUGACAAGGAGGAAGGCAGUGCAGCUGAGAAGGAAGAAACUGCCAAAGGAACAGAUAAAAAGAGAGAGACUCCAAGAACCAGAAGGGCACAUGCCAGAGGGAGAGGCAGGCAUGAUGAUGAGGAGGAUGAGGAUGAUGAAGGUGGGACAAGGCGAGCUGGGCAUCGCAGGCACAGAAGCCGUAGACGAGGGCGAGCAGCUGGAAAUGACGCCAGUGAUUCUGAUAUGGAACCUGCAAAAGCCAGGAAGAAUCAGGCAAAUCAGAAAUCCAAGGAAGAUGAUGAAGAACAGGAAGACGAGAAAGGGGGUAAAAGCGGGAAAGGUAAAAAUGAGAAGAAAGGGGACAAAAAGUCUGAUAAAAAAGGGAAAAAAGAGAAGGCCAACAAGAAGAAAAAAGACAAAAAGAAAUCAGGAUCAGGCUCUGAUUCUGAAUCUGAGGAGGAGCCAAUUACAGAGGAGGAGUUGGCCAAGCUGAAAGAAGAAGUAGAAGAAAAAAAGAAACUGAUUGCCACGCUACGAAACAAACCAUGGAAGAUGAAAAAGAAGUUGUCUGUCCUGAAGGAAGCACAGCUUUUUGUUGAAAAGUUUGAAGGUGCUCUUGGAAAAGGAAAAGGAAAAAAAUUCUAUGCAUACAAAGUGAUGAUGACUAAGAAAUGGAUGAAAUUUCAAAGAGAUUUUGAAAAUUUUAAGACAGCCUGCAUACCCUGGGAAAUGAAAAUUAAGGAGAUUGAAAGUCACUUUGGUUCAUCAGUAGCAUCUUAUUUCAUAUUCUUGCGUUGGAUGUAUGGAAUAAACAUGAUUCUCUUUGGACUGACCUGUGGUCUUGUAAUGGUGCCUGAGGCUUUGAUGGGUAAGCCAUAUGGCUCUUUGCCUAGAAAAACUGUCCCAAGAGCUGAAGAAGCAACUGCUAUGAAUUUUGCUACUCUCUGGGAUUUUAGUGGCUUUGCACAGUAUUCUGUACUUUUUUAUGGUUAUUACAACAACCAGAGGACAAUUGGGUGGCUCAAGUUCAGGAUGCCUCUUUCAUAUUUCCUUGUUGGAGUUGGGUCCAUUGGCUAUAGCUUUAUGAUUGUCAUUCGAACAAUGGCAAAGAAUGCAAAUGAUGAUGGUGGCGGGGAUGACACCAGUUUUAAUUUCAGCUGGAAAAUGUUCACAAGCUGGGACUACCUGAUUGGCAAUCCUGAGACAGCAGAUAAUAAGUUUGCCUCCAUCACAACAAGCUUUAAGGAAGCAAUCGUGGAGGAGCAGGAGAGCCGAAAAGAAGAAAAUAUUCAUUUGACUCGAUUCCUAAGGGUUCUUGCUAACUUCUUAGCCCUAUGCACACUUGCUGGAAGUGGCUACCUCAUCUUUUUUGUUGUCAGAAGAUCCCAGAAAUUUGCCUUGGAAGGUCUGGAGAACUACGGGUGGUGGGAAAGAAAUGAAGUGAACACAGUUAUGUCACUUUUAGGAAUGUUCUGUCCAACUUUAUUUGAUGUAAUCAGUUCUCUGGAAAACUACCACCCUCGAAUAGCUCUAAGAUGGCAGCUGGGAAGAAUCUUUGCUCUUUUUCUUGGCAAUCUCUACACUUUCAUCAUCGCCCUAAUGGAUGAAAUCAACCUCAAGCUGGAAGAAGAGAAGAUAGUCAAAUAUAACAUGACAAUAUGGGAAGCCAGUCUGUACAAUGGUACAAUUCCAGAGAAUUCAACUGCUCCUCCAAUUCAGGUGGAUCCUGCUGAUGUCCCCAGAGGGCCAUGCUGGGAAACAAUGGUAGGACAGGAAUUUGUGCGCCUGACAGUCUCUGACAUGAUGACAACAUACAUAACAAUUCUAAUCGGCGAUUUUUUGAGAGCUGUCUUUGUUAGGUUUUUCAAUUACUGCUGGUGCUGGGACUUGGAGUAUGGCUUUCCAUCAUAUUCUGAGUUUGAUAUAAGUGGAAAUGUGCUGGGACUGAUCUUUAACCAAGGCAUGAUCUGGAUGGGAUCAUUUUAUGCUCCAUGUCUCCCAGCAAUCAAUGUGUUUCGUCUCCACACGUCGAUGUACCUGCAGUGCUGGGCAGUGAUGUGCUGCAACGUCCCCCAAGAACGGGUCUUCAAGGCUUCCAGAUCCAAUAACUUCUACAUGGCCAUGCUGCUUUUCAUCCUCUUUCUCUCCACACUGCCUGCUGUGUACACCAUUGUUUCCAUCCCACCAUCUUUUGACUGUGGUCCUUUCAGUGGGAAGACUAGAAUGUUUGAAGUCAUAUCAGAAACUCUGGAGCACGACUUUCCUUCCUGGUUUGGGAAGGUAUUUGGUUAUGCCACUAACCCUGGACUUGUCCUACCCUUUAUAUUGCUGAUGGUCCUGAGCAUUUAUUAUCUCAACGCAACAUCCAAAUCCUACAAGGAAGCAAACUUGGAACUUAAAAAGAAGUUACAAAGUCAAGCAGAAGAAAAUAAAAGAAGAAAUAAACAAAAGGCACAAAAAUCAAAUGGACAAGAAGAAAACCCAUUUGAGACAGAACCACCACCAGCAAAGCCUAAAGGAGACAAGCAAGAUGAAUCCACUCCAAACAAAGACAGCAAGAAAGGACAGGAUGGCAAUGGAUCGAAGAAAGACCAGCCACAAGAACCCAGCUCCUCUCAGACGCUCCAGCAUCCUGGCCCUGUCCUGAAUGGCCACUAUCCUCCACAGAGCCGAGGAGGAAACUUUCCUCCACCAUCCAUAGCUGUCACAAGGCCACCAGGGCCCAGGAGGCCUGGGAUGCCAGGCUAUCCACCUGGAAAUCCAUGCAUCCCAGGGAUGCAUCCAGGAAUGCCCAGGGGCCCUCCCAUGUACAGAUAAGGAGCCUUAAGAAUAGUAUAAUGUGACACUGAAGGACGUUGUCCUAAGCCCAAACACACUCCUGUAAGAGCAGAACCUCCCAAUGUUUGUUAUAAAUCUUCACUUGCAUGGAAGUAACCCAUGUUACUUUUGGCUGACAUGUUACCCAUGUCAGUUUUCUGCAGCGUGGGAGCUCCAGAAAGAAACAUGGCAUGCAUCUUCUCGCAUUGGUAGGCUUUGUGAAAAUGUGUUGUCUGUAUCAAUAAAUUGCUAAGAUUGCAUAAUUUUAUUGGGGAUACUUAUUAGAAGAGUGGAAAACAAUUUGUACUCAGUUGACUUUCCUUACAAGCUUGAAAUUUUGUCCCUAAUACCUUUUCCUUAGAAUAAUAUUUCACUGAAAACACAGCUGUGUGUAAAGUUUAUGAGAAUCAGUAAAACUCUGCAUAUGUCUUGUCCUCUGCAGGUCAGAUGUGCUUAGCCAAAGAUUUCAGAUUGUACAUGAGACAGCUAGGACCAAAAUUAGGGAAAGCUGCACCAUUCUGUCUAAAGUCUCUGUAAAAGUGUUAAAAAGGAAAAAGAGAAGCAGUAGUUUACCUGAACAAUGAAGAAAAUUUAACUCCUAUUGCACUACCACUUUCAGCUAGUAAUAGUUUUAUCACAUUCUUAAAGGCUAGAAAGAAAUUUAAAACAUCAGAAUGAUAAAGGAAUAUCUCCUGUGCAGGAAAACAUUAUUUUGGGAAUAGAGGUAAGACAAUUAUUGAUUAAUUUCUCCUAAAUGCCCUAGUGGUAUAGAGACACUUAACAUUGGGUAAGAAUAUGUACUUCACAAUCUUCUCUGUGAGUGUAAGACUGGAUACUUGUAUUAAUCUCUGUGUAGUCCAGGGUGUAACAGUUCAUUUUUUUUGACAUGUCUUGUGGAAACACAGGAUAGAUAUAAACCCAGGGGCAAGUUAAUGUUUCCUAAUCCAAUAAAACAGGUUGGUUUUUUUGUUCUGAUCUUAUUUCCUUUUUCAUAAUAUUGGUCUUAAAAAAAUUAUUUUAAGGCUC